AUGACAGAAGGAUCAAAUACACCUGGAGGUGGAACUUAUUAUUGCUCGAAAUGUGGACAGUUGAAGAAGGGUCAUACUUGCCCAGUUGUGGCGACUAAGGCUAUCGGGGAGAAUAUGCCUUUGCCAACGAUGGUGUUUCCAACAAACUCAAUGACAACAAGACGUGCAUAUCAACAGAAUAUACAACAAAUACAGAAUCAGCAGACUCAUAUGCAGCAGCAGCAGCAAAUGAUGCAGCAGCAGCAACAGCAACAGAUUAUGCAGCAACAACAACAACAGAUGUUACAACAGCAGGUGCAGAUGCAGAUGCAGGAGCAGACCCAGAUGCUUCAGCAACAGCAAGCACAACUACAACAACAUGCUCAGCAGCCCAUACUCAUGGGGCCUCUCCCGACCGGGCCCCUCACCGCCGAGCAAAAGAGAGCAAGAGAGAAGAACGCUUCAGACUUUAACAUGUGGUUCUUACUCGAGCGUCAAGAGAGAUAUCCAUACUAUUUCGACCCUCACACAAAGACGAUACAGGUUAUUGGAAGUUGGUAUAUUAAUGUAUCGGAUGCUUGGAACACUAUGACACCAUUGGAGAAGAAGCAGUUCAGUAACUACUCUCAAGGAUUGGCAAAUCACAAGAAUAUGUACUUGCAGAAGCAACAUGAUAUUCAGAACUUGCAGGCGCAGAUCGCAAAGUUGCAACAGGCCAUGUUGUUCUGUGAUGUCUGCGACAAGGGAUAUCAUACAUUCUGUUUGAAUCCACCAAUGGAUUCGGCACCAACUGGUGGAUGGAGAUGCAACAACUGUGUCUUCUGUGUCCAUUGUGGUACACGUACUCCAGGUCCAUCUGGAAAGUGGAAAGGCAGCUAUACAUCAUGUGAGACAUGUGCUCAACUAAUCAAUGAUCGAAGAUAUUGCACAGUAUGUAGGAAGGUUAUAAAGCCAAAUGAGAAGGGACCAACUAUUCAAUGUGGAUAUUGUGAGAGAUGGACACAUGCCAAAUGCGAUAAUAUAUCAGAGGCAAUGUUGGACAAGUUCAAGGAGAAUCCACAUUAUCCACACAAAUGUCCGACGUGUAGAGGUGGACAUCAGAAGACAACACCAAAGCCAUUGAUCACAUCUGAGGAUGACGAUGAGGAUGACGACGAGGAGGAGAAGCCUGCAGAGACUCCCAACAAGAGGAGAGGUGCAGCAGCUCAAGCUGGACGACGAAGAAAGGCAAAGAAGGCGCGACACACAUCAUCAGACGAUGACGAAGAAGAAGAUCAUGAGGAUGGCAACGAUCGCAAUGAUGUCAAUGUCGAGGAC